CGCGGCUUGUGCAGUUCAGUCGUGUGCCGUUCGCAGAAACGGUAGGAUCCGGAGCGGCUGUGUACAUCGGGUACGGGCAAAAAGGGCCCCCGGUGGCAGCGAUGGCAUCCGGCGUGCGGGUCCGCAAAACGGUCCGCCAAGAUCUACCAGAGGUGAUCGCCAUGAUCCAGGAGCUAGCCGACUUCGAGAAGAUGCCAGCCGGACCGCAACUCACCGUCGAGGACCUGGAGCGCGAUGGUGGAUUCCUCGAUGGGCCGCGAUCAUGUCAGGACGGGCCAGUGUACCACAGUUUCGUACUGGAGCUACAGCACGACCCGCCGGGUGACGCUUAUCAGAAGCCGUCCACGUCGACGUCAGCCGACUGUAGCGGACCUUUAACCCGGAAGCUGAUCGGGUACGCGAUAUGCUUUUACUCGUACUCAACGUGGCAAGGGAAGUCUCUGGCCCUGGAGGACAUCUACAUUCGGCCGCAGUACCGACGGCACGGAUACGGCCAACAUUUCUUCAAGGCACUCGCUCACCAUGCACGGGACAGUAACUGCUCGCGGAUCGACUUCCAUGUGCUGGACUGGAAUCCGGCUACCAGCUUCUACCGCCGGAUGGGUGCGCUGGAUCUAACCGAAACCGAGCGCUGGCACUUCUAUCGCUUGCCAAAGGACGCCAUCGCUGCGCUGUGUGACGAGUGAGAUUUGAAGUGGCUUCUGGUUCCUUUGAAAGGAACAUCCUACGAUUUUAUUGCAAGUAUUAUAAACGUCCAGCUACGGCUUCGUCCGCAACAUACAAAUGUAUCAAUUUGUCACGGUGGUUGUGUCCAACAACGGAGGUUGAGUUGUCGGCUUUCCAUGUUCCAGCAUCAGGUGGCACUUGUUUUCCGCUUCCUUCAAAAUAAGUACAUUCCCCACGAGAUUGACCAGGUACACCAGCACCACCAUGAACAGGGACGCAUUGUACAGACAGUUGAAGCAUCCGUUGGGCAGCGGUUUGCUGCAUCUUAACCGUUCGAACAGGCCCAUAAAUCCGUGAAGGAACUAGAAACGGUAAACGCAUGGCGAUUUCAUUGGUGCCCUUGCAACGCACGCUGGCAUCAGAACUUACCAGCAGCACGAGCGAAAUACCAAAAAGUCCCAGCAGUAAAUAGUACAACAUCCCGAGUCCUGGCCCAACCUUCAGUAUGUAGCAGAUUUGGCAAAAGUUCACCGUUAUCAGUGUCAUAUCAAACACGCUCUGUACGAACGUGUUCCCCUGGGGACUCUUCUGUUUGACCGUGUCGUCAUACCGUGGCAGUGCCGGUUUCGUCUGGACACAGGGGAGAGAUAUAUUGAACGAUUAGGCCUCAUGAAUGAAAUCAAUAGUUUGUCACCUACCUCAAUGGGGUCACCGGUUUCCAUUUGCGGAACCGUUCGGUAUGGCUCCGCGUUCCAAUCACUGUCCAUUUCGGCACUCAUGUACCACGCCCGACUGUUACCGCACGCUGACACUUCUAUCGAACAGGUAGUAAAACUCCCCACGGCCGUUAUCACGCCAGUUAUCGCAUUUGAUUAACACGAUAACGUCAAGAGGCGGGCACAGCGGGAUGGUUGUCU